UACCGGACUCCCAUCUGGUAGCGGGCUAGGGCGUUGCUAGCGGCAGAAAGUGGGAUUUUUGGUACCUUUCCACAAGUUAUACUCUCCAACAAACAGCGUCUUUCGUCGGGGGAAAAAACGCGUUUAUGUUCGCCACAAGUUUCAAGCCCCUCUGGUUUUUGUUUUGUCGUGCUUUACAGAGGAGUUGUUGUUUUCUGUCCCGUUAGCUGGUCACAAAGCUAGCCUGCUUUCCAUCCACGGGAAUUCUGCUGAGAAACGACUGAAUUCUGAAAACAUGGAGUCAAGCAACGUAGCGCUGUGCUAACAGAGUCCACUGGAUUUUCUUUGCUCAAGAGGACUUUUUGAAGCACAGAACACGGAGACAGAUAUCAAGCCAGUGAAGGUUCAUGAGGUGGUGUACAUAUAUUUUUCGGUUGUUGGCCGGGUCAUUGUUGUGAACGGGAGUUUGCUUAUUUUGCACUCAAAACAAGAGCACACGAAGCAAAGUUUUUUUUUUGCUGAAAGAGCUCAUCUGUUUUGUUAGCUGGUAGCUGGCGAGAUUCAACGCAUGCCUGCUUGCUGUGAGAAAGACUUUUCCAAAACCAAUGUGCUAUUUAAAAAAUAUGAUAAUAUAACCUAUUUGAUUUUAAAUCCCGACGUCUACAACCUUAGCCACAGUUGUUUUGCUAAUUUGUAAAACGGUUGGUUUAAACUCGGUAUUGAGCGAUUUUCAUGGUCACGGGAGAGUUGCCCUUACAGCCACAGGCAGGCAUUUUUAGGAGCAGGGAAUACCAAAUGGGACUGCAGGAAUUUUCAGCAUCUUUAAAGAUCAUUUAGUCACCGAGGCCAUUCGGCCGACCAGGGGUGGUGGCGUACGGACCACAUCGCAGGGCCAAGGUGUCUGGUACAUUGGAUUGUUUACACGUUUCCUACCGGCGGAAAACUGGAUGUGAAUGCAAAGGGGCCAUACAAGGAGUUCAUACAUUCACCACAAGUUUUUUUCCCAGCUGGAGCUGUAUAUUUAUAAUUACUGGCAAUAUAUGGUUUAUUGCCGGGAAGGAGUAUUAUCUAACUACAGCUAAUACGAGCGAGGCCCCGAAUAAUUUUUAAGGUCUGCGCUGAAGAAUCCUUGCUGCUGUUUCGUUUGGACAAACAGUACUUGUUGACAGAUCACAUAGAUAGUAUUUUUAUUUAAUUUAGUCUUUGGACGUGCCUUGCAUCAACCUAACGCUCCCCCGAAGUGAGUUGAUCAUCAGUACAAUUCUCAAAAUCCUUGCUACUUCAGACGAAUGCCAGAGAAGUGCGCUCCGGGAAAUCGACUCACCAGACUCUGGAAAAUGUUAAUGGGAUAUAAUUUGCUGCAAAUCUAGAACCAGAAGCCCAAUGAGUGACACACAGUCCAGCUUCACUGACAGGUUUAACAAGAAAGCAAUCAGAACCAGCAGCAUUCUCAGUAAAGAUCCCCCCCCAGACAAGAGACCCAAAAGUGACAAAACUUCACUUCCCUCCAAUGAGUUUGACUCUACAGAAGCUCUGGUGGUGCAGAAGAGUGGCAACAGCAGUGUGCUAGCAGAGGGGAGGCCUGAGUCCUGCGGUCUGGUCCAGCGAUGUGUAAUCAUCCAGAAAGAUGAAAAUGGCUUUGGGCUCACUGUCAGUGGUGACAACCCAGUGUUUGUGCAACUUGUCAAAGAAGAUGGGGCUGCAAUGCGAGCUGGUGUUCAGACGGGAGACAGGAUCAUCAAGGUUAACGGGACCCUUGUUACACAUUCUAAUCACAUUGAAGUGGUGAAACUUAUAAAAUCGGGCUCAUAUGUAGCCCUCACAGUGUUGGGGCGUCCUCCAGGACUUGCCCAGAUCCCUUUGCCUGAAACAGAGCCUGACGUGUUGGGCGUGAGCAUAUCAUCUCCAAACUCCCCUGCAGUGGAACGCCCAUACAGUCCUCAAGACCGCCUCUCCUCCCCACAACCACCAUGGGAUGAAAAUAGCAGUAUCAGCAACCAGAAGGCUGACAUCUUGCAAAAGAUGCUCUCUAAGGAACAACAGGACCUGCAGGCCAUGAAGGAGGAGUACAGCAGGAACCCCUCCCCCAAACUACUGAAAGACAUCCAGGAAGCUAAAAAACACAUUCCUCAGCUGCAGGGUCAGCUCUUCAAGGCCACUGGAACAACACAGGAGGCUGUUUCAGGUGGUGACACAGAUGAUGGCGUAUUUCAGACUGAGCGCACAUUUGCCCCAAAAGGAGACAACAGCACAGAUCUGUAUUGUAGCAGCACACCUGUGUCUCGCAUAUUUGGACCCGGAUCUCCAGAGAGCCAGUAUCCAAGAGAGUCCUCCUUCCCCAGCCCAAAGAGCACACCCAGAAACAGCUUCAACUCCUGCCACUCCCCAGAGACAGAGGAUGCUACUGACCUGGACUCUCUGUCGCCCACCACAGUCAGCAGUCCCUCUUCUUCUCGCCUCGUCUCACAAAUCAUUGGAGCUGAAGACGACUAUUUUGGUUCAGACCAGGAGCAGACAAAUGGCCAGUGUAACAGCUUUAACAGUAUUGAGCAGCUCAAGUCUCGCCCCGCCCACCUCGCAGCUUUUCUGCAUCAUGUCAUCUCUCAGUUUGACCCUGCUCCUGUGCUGUGCUACCUCUACGCUGACCUCUAUAAGCAGACCAACUCCAAAGAGACCAGACGGGACCUCCACACCAUCUUCAUGGACAAGGCAGCAAAUUUAAAAGUUCCUGUUCCUGAAUCUGUUUCUGCUGAUAUCGAACGUCGGCGGCCAGAGCCAGUCCCAGAUGACAUACAAAGACAACAUGUGCAAACUCUGCAGGACUCUCUGCUCACAGAGAUUCAGAAAAAUCUUGAAGACUUCAGGCAAAAGAGAAGCAUGGGUCUAACAGUGGCAGAAGUGGAGCUAACCAGACUGGACCAAGAGAGAGUCAGAGACCGCGUCACUGUCGAGCGAGAACGUUCAUAUGCUGAAAAUAUCAUCAACAAAAUAGAUGACAUGCUGUUAACAACCACUCAAACCACAGAGGAGGAAAAAUGCACUACAAUACAGUAUGUCAUCGUUACAUACAUGAAGCACCUUGGUGUGAGGGUCAAGGAACCUCGUAGUCUGGAGUCCAAACGGGUUCGGAUCAGCUUUCUUCCUAAGAUUAAGAAAACCAUCAAGACAGAAAAGGAAGGAGAUGAGAAAGUUAAAAAAAGAUUUCCUAGUAUUCUUGGACCUCAGCGUCGUCCUAGUCGUAUUGAAUCUACAUCAGUGAGUAAAGCCCUGGACAGUCGUCCCCGGCCUCAGAAACAGCUGUCUCAGCCUACGCUGGGGACGAGCGAGCACGUGGAAGCCGGUCGUCUGAGAGUCAGCCAAUCUAGUGAAGGAUCUGAGCUCACAAACUCCCUGAUUGUCAACACCUCAUCUGCAAGCAGUUCCACCUACAGCUCUGAUGCUAACCGAGACAUCGACGCCGGUGGGACCCCAACAUUAGGCACCCCCAGGCUUAGUGAUGGCCUUCCAUCUGACCCUCUGGAUGGGUUGCCGUACCCUGCUUCACACUUGGACUUUUAUAGCUUGGACCUACUACAAGAGGAUGACAGAGAAAGUGACAGAGUUCAUGAGGGAACACCAAAAGCAAUGAGAAGACUUGAGGGGUUGGGGUCCGCUGAUGUCCAGAGUGAGGAUGACCAAGGGACAGACUCUGAGCAUGAUCCCCCAAACUGGCAGCAGCUGGUAGGACAAGAGGUCCUUGCAGGUCUCAGACCUCAUGAAAUCAAGAGACAGGAAGUUAUCAAUGAGCUGUUUUAUACAGAGCGUGCACAUGUGCGGAUGUUGAAGGUUUUGGACCACGUUUUCUAUCAGAAGCUUUCCAAAGAUGCAAUCCUUCCACCUGCUGACAUCAAGAACAUCUUCACCAACCUGGAAGAAGUUUUACAGCUGCAUGUUUCAAUACUUGAUCAAAUGACUGCAGUUCGGAAGAGAAACGAGUCUUCAGUGAUAGACCAGAUAGGAGAUGACUUGCUGUCAUGGUUCAGCGGUGGAGAGGAAGAGAAGAUCAAGCAGGCAGUGGCGACAUUUUGCAGUAACCAGCCUUUUGCUCUGGAGAUCAUCAAGACCAAGCAGAAGAAGGACUCUAGGUUCACUUCAUUCAUUCAGGAGGCAGAGAGUAACAGACUAUGUCGCAGACUGCAGCUUAAGGACAUCAUUCCUGUAGAGAUGCAGCGACUCACCAAGUACCCCUUACUACUAGACAACAUCGUCAAGUACACAGACAAUGCAGUGGAUAAAGAGAAAGUAAAACAGGCAGCAGACUGCUGUAGAAAGAUCCUCAGUCACGUCAACCAGGCUGUGAAGGAAUCUGAGGACAAACAGAGGUUAGAGGACUAUCAAAGAAGAUUGGACCUCUCCUCUCUAAAACAGACAGACAACCCCAUGAUCCUCGAGUUUAAGAACCUGGAUCUAACCAAGAGAACUAUGGUACAUGAGGGCCCACUGUCAUGGAAAGUGAAUAAGGACAAAACUAUUGAGUUGUACACACUCCUCCUGGAGGACAUUCUCGUUCUGCUACAGAAACAAGACGAGCGUCUGAUCCUGAAGUGUCAUUGUAAAAACCUGGCUGGCACCGCAGACACCAAACAUAUCUACAGUCCCAUCAUUAAACUCAACACUGUGCUUGUGCGUUCUGUGGCUACAGACAACAAGUCCUUUUUCGUUAUCUCUAUGUCAGACAAUGGUGCCCAGAUCUAUGAGCUAAUGGCUCCCACAGUUUCAGAUCAGAAAACGUGGCAGAAUCUAAUCUCCAUGAAAGCCGGUGCCAUCAAGGCCAAGCCUCACAGCGUCAUACCAUUACCUCAGACUGAUGGGGAAAGAGAUGGCGUGGAGAUCAUAACAGCAGGUGUUUCCAGGUUAAGUAGAGACCCAGACCGCACAUCCACUGGCAGCACUCAGUCCACAGAUAAAGAGAGCAGUCCAGCCUCUAGAAGUGCAUUGCAAAGCUCUAUACCUGGUAGUAAUCCAUUUGAGGAAGUGAAGGCAGAUGAAGAUGAGGAAGAAGGCAGCUUUGCAAACCCGGAGCUUCCUUACCAAGCAGUGGAUGACAGCAGAGGAGAUUCAUUUGAUUCAUUUCCCUCCAGGGCAGAUGAAGCACUGAAAACAUUGGCAGCAUUAAAGCAGGUGUUGGUGGCCCAGCUGAUGUCCCAAGAGCCAGCAGGGCUUACCAAGCGCACCACAGGGGCUAGACUCCUCAGGACCACCUCUUUGCGGACCCCAAUCGACAGCCGUUCAAAGGUGAUGGUUCACAACGGCUCAGAGAAGAGCAGCUCACAGAUGGAGGACCUGGCUCUGGACCUGGGGUCCGGCGACACUGGUUUCUUUGACUCACCUGAAGACUAUGGUUGUUUAGUCCUGGAGAGCUACGGUGGCCCAGGGGAGAGCAGCACAGAUGAUGAAAUCUUGGCAAAAACCACAGGAAAGCAGCUGAUCACCUCGCAAGGCUGUGCUGCUGAUUCUGGCAUCAAUUUGAGAUUUUCCUCAACAUCACAGGCUGGCAGCCUCUCCACUUUUAGCAGACAGGUGUUGUCUCACCUUAGAAAUCUUCAGACCAACCUCAGCUAUCUAAAGGAGGUUGAGGCCAAGUACAAUAAUCUGAUACGCCAAAGGCCCGAGAGGUCAGCAGCAGACUCCGAAGCAAACAAAGAUAAGAGAUAGUGUGGAAGUCAGUGCUGCAGCUUUUGGCUCUGGUCCCAAAGAGGAAGUGCCGACUUCUAGUCUGUCCCUACUUCUUGUGUCCUGGACUUUAUGGACGUCCUAUAAGCUUGUCCUCUCACUGCUGAGCCCUCUUUUCUUUUUCUUUUUUUCCAUCGCCUGCGGUCGACACAGAAAACGAGAGACUUGAGUGUGAGCAAACGUUUGAAGGGUUGGAUUCAUCUGUGUGAUGCUUUAUCCCCCUUCUCAGCACAAGGCAAUCAGGGAAGUGGAAUUGCCCCAGAACCUCAACCCCUUCUACCAUUGAACACCCAUUUCCCCUAAGCUCCCUGCAAGAAAGAGAACUUAUACCAAAAUGUACAAAGAUGUGUGUUUAGAAUAUAUAUAUAUGAAACACAAAACAAGAAAAGGAAAAUUUUAAGAUAAUGUAUUAUGAUUUUUUUUUUAAUCCCAAGAUGUAUUUAUUUCUUUUCUUUUAUUUUUUUUAAGUGUUUCCCACAUUGCUUGCAUGCUGUUGGCCAUGGUGUUAGCUUUUUGGCUGCUUAUCCUGCUUAACUCACAUGGUUAGUGUGAGUGCACGCUAGUAAACAAGCACCCUAGCGUUUAUUGAUGAAUGGCAGCACUAUAUUCAGACUGAUAGAGGCCAGAGUUGUGCUGGUGAUGGAUAGAUCCUAUUUUGUUAAUACUCUUGAAUAUUGUUCAAGCCUAGAAUUUCCGAUAAUUCUAGGUGUGGUGUUAACUAGAAUGAAGAGUCUCUAGGCUCUGAUCUGGUCCUGUUGCAUUUCUGUGCUGAAUCCUUUGUCGUCCUUCUGGCCGAGAGAGGUAUUUUGCCUCUCAUCUGCUCUUCUCUUCAUUUUGCUUGUGAUUCUCUCACCUUAUUUUCCCUGUGAACAUGUAGGGGUGUCAUCCCUCUCCUCUUCCAGGCAGUCCAGUGGCUUUCAUGCUUAUUUAUCGCCUCCUACACUCUAUAUGUCACGCUUCUUCAUCUGCUUCUGGUUAUCUCGCCCUGUUUCCCCUCUGCUACAAGGAGCGGUCCUGCUUUUUCUGUAUCAGCUUCUGACAAAAAAAUGCUGCUUCUUUCUGCUACUGUUGGCAAUGCUGAUCUGACUGCCUGAUAUUCUAAUAAUGUCAUGAAGUUCAACAUAUACUGUAAAAUGAUCAAGUUGAAAGGUUAUGCAUAACUUUAUGAAAUAAAUGGUGCCAUGAUGCGUUCAAAAA